AGAAUAUUUUAAAACGUCAAAAAUCUAUCGUAAAUGCCACUUAUAUGUUAUAUUUGUUCAGGCGAGCAUUGGUCAGCUAUCUGUAGUAAGCCCCAAACAUUACACUGCUCUUUUGCUUCAUGCUACUCCCCUCUCCAAGUGAAACUAAAUAACCAUUCAAUAAUCAUAAUUUUAGCCAAUUAAAAGUCCACGAUGGGUUUGUCUCCUGCCGUGACAACUCUGUGUGAGAAUCCUAAUGAAGUUUUUAUGGAUGUCGCCAAAUUGUUGCUCACAUACGCGGACAAUAUUCUAAGGAACCCGAAUGAAGAGAAGUACAGAUCCAUCCGUAUUGGCAAUCCUACUUUUUCUACCAAACUUCUGCCAGUCAAAGGAGCAGUAGAAUGUUUAUUUGAAAUGGGAUUUGAAGAGGCUGAGACCCACUUGGUGUUUCCCAAGACAGCCUCUGUAGAGCAGCUCAGGGUAAUCCGGGAGUCCAUAGCCGCAGAGAGGGACCAGAGGCUGCGUGGAAGUCAGCCAACCGCUCAGGCACAGGGUGGGGCGUGUGCUUCAGCCCCACCAAGCUCUCCAGGGACGAGUCAGCCUGCAACACCAGUCCAACAACCACCAACUUUGGAAUCCAGCAUGAGCUUCCUUGUGACCCUGCAGUCUAACUUUCAGCAUGUGAUGGUGUAUGAAAACCCACAGCUUCAGCAGAAAGCCAAAAGUUGUAUUCCUAAUCAGCAGCUGACUUCUGCUGCUGAGAAGAAAAUGAAGGAGGCCAAGGAAGCAGACCCAGACUGUAAGCUGUCUCAGGAAGACUUUGUGGUGCUGGAGCUGCUCCGGUGGUUCAAACAGGACUUCUUUUCGUGGGUGGACUGUCUGCCCUGCAGCCGCUGUGGAGGCCAGACCCGCAACUCCGGCUCCCUCAGCCCCAGCACGGAGGACCUACGCUGGGGAGCACAGAGGGUGGAGAACCACUUCUGUCAAACGUGUCAGCUUUCCAACAGGUUUCCAAGGUAUAACAAUCCAGAGAAGCUGCUGGAAACCAGGAGGGGGCGCUGUGGAGAGUGGGCCAACUGUUUCACCCUGUGUUGCAGAGCCAUGGGUCUUGAGGCCAGAUAUAUUUGGGACAGCACAGAUCAUGUGUGGACAGAGGUGUAUUCGCCCUCUCAGCGUCGUUGGCUUCACUGUGACUCCUGUGAGAAUGUGUGUGAUAAACCUCUUCUGUAUGAGGUGGGCUGGGGGAAGAAGCUCUCCUACAUUCUGGCUUUCUCCAAAGAUCAGGUAGUGGAUGUGACAUGGAGAUACUCCUGUAAACAUCCUGAAGUGUUGUCACGGCGGACCAAGGUUCAGGAGGCAUGGCUUCUUCACACAAUUAGCAGUCUUAACAACACUAAACAGCAGAGUCUGAGUCCACAGAGGAAGAAGGAGUUGACAGAAAGACUGCUUGUCGAGCUAGUAGAGUUCAUCUCACCUAAAAAACCUAAACCUGGAGAACUGGGUGGACGCAACUCUGGGUCACUGGCAUGGAGGGUAGCAAGAGGGGAAACUAAAGCACCAGAUUCAGACAAGACCUUGGGGUUUGUGUUCACCCCAACUGACAAAGAGAAGAGUGACAGGUUGCUGCAUAUACGCUACAAUGCCUCCACAGACCAGUACUGUCGAGUGUCCAACCACUGUGAAGUCACUCCAGGCUGGGAGCAGUGUGUGUGGCAGAGGGAGGCUGUCUUUAGGAAGGAGGAAAAAGACUGGCAGAUGGUGUACCUUGCUAGAACAGAAGGCUCCUCUACUGGCAAAAUAACCUGGAGAUUUGACUUUUCCCCAGUGGGAAUGAAGAUUCAAUCAGUAACUGUGAUGGCCAAGAGUCAGACGUUUCAGUCUGGAACUGUGUGCUGGAAGGUGCAGUCAGGACAGGCCACCACAGAAUUCUCGGGAGAUGGACAGACACACCCUCUCUCCAGUGUGUCUGGCUCUGCAGAGUUCAGCAUUGUAGCAGAGCUCUGUGGUGGAGAUGGAGAUGUGGCCUGGCAGCAUGCACAGCUCUUCAGACAGAGUUUAAAGGAAACUGAUGAAACCUCAUUUGAAAUCCUGGUCCAACUUGAAACUGUCUAACAUUGUCAUUAGUAACUGUCCUGUGCCAUUGAAUAUGUGAUUUGUGCAAUAAGUACCGUAAACAAAUCUCUGUUAAUUAAAAAGCCCAAAAUGUAUGUAUUUUUGUUUUGUAUCAAAUCUUUAUUAAUGUAAACAUAUUAAUUGAAUUAGGGUGUUGUCUGCAUAUAUUUCAGAUGUAUUGAUUGAAUUUAAAUACAUUCUGUCCAUAAAAAUGUGAUGAAAGAGCUAAAAGCUCAUCAUAUGUGGAAUAAUAAAGCAUAUUUUUACAGUC